UAACAAUAAUUAGAUGACGGAAAGAAAAAGAACUUUAGAGAAAGCGCGAGACUUUAGGAGCAAAGGAAGGGUAAAAAUGGUUGGAGCAGGAGUGAUGAUGAAGGUCCAUGAACGUAGUAUCUCCGUAUGAAAUUUGGAGGCCACCAGAAAAUCCUCAUCUCUCUCUCCAUAAUGUCCUCAAUUUCUACCCUUCCACCAAACCAUCGGAUCCGAACCCUUCCACCAAUGCCUUACUUAAAAUUGAUGGCGAUCUCUUCUUUUUCACCGUCCUUCUCCGCCGCCUCCUCCUCUUCCCAGUGCAACACCGUGUGGGGAGAUUAGGAGAACCUCGGCGUCUUCGUCGUUGCUCGGCCUUUACCCCUCACCUCCGCCGCCCGCCCACAAUGCCGACGCCGGCCACCCAACCCGCCGCCGUUGCCCUAGGCGUCGGAAAGGCUGACAAUGACAAGGCCCUCAAACGAUCUUCCGGUAAACUGAAGAAGGCUUUCAAUAAGGCGAUGCUGGGGAAUGUCGUCGUCAGGGCCUUCUUCAAGACCAAGCCCCGCCGCCCUCGGACCCCGGCCGAGGUUGUCUCCCGGACAACCUUGAUGCUCGACGCCCUCCUUUCAUUUGACGACACCGACCAGGCUAAACAUUUUCAGAAGAUGGCUGAAAUAGACACACUAAUUAGGGAGAUGAAAGCAGUCCUAUAUGGAAGCAGUGAAUCUGAGCCUACAACUGAAGCUUGUGCCCAGCUGACUCAGGAGUUUUUUAAAGGGGAUACACUUCGUCUCAUCGUCCUUUGUCUCCCCAAAUUGAAUUUGGAGGCACGAAAGGAUGCCACUCAAGUUGUUGCAAAUUUACAAAGGCAGCCUGUUAACUCACGCUUGAUUGCUUCCGACUACUUGGAAGGCAACCUUGAUAUUGUGGAUCAUUUGGUAUCUGGAUAUGAGGAUUCAAGUCUUGCCUUGCACUAUGGAGCAAUGCUGAGGGAGUGCAUUCGCCACCAGAUUGUUGCUAGUCAUAUAUUGAAGUCCGAGCACGUCAAAAAGUUUUUCGGAUACAUGCAACUUCCUGAGUUUGAUGUUGCUGCAGAUGCCGCAACUACUUUUAAGGAGCUGAUGACGAGGCAUAAAUCCACAGUGACAGAAUUUCUUUCUGGAAACAGUAAUUGGUUUUUCACGGAGUUCAACUUCAAACUUUUGGGAUCUCCAAAUUAUAUUACCAGAAGACAAGCUGUCAAGCUUUUGGGUGACAUUUUGCUUGAUCGUUCAAAUUCUUGUGUGAUGGUACGCUAUGUGAGCACAUUGGAUAAUUUGAUCAUUCUAAUGAAUCUUUUGAGGGAGUCAAGCAAGCCAAUCCAGUUAGAUGCAUUUCAUGUGUUCAAGCUUUUUGUGGCAAAUACAAAUAGACCCCCGGGUGUCACCAGUGUUCUUGCUAACAACAAAGAAAAGCUCCUCCGACUCUUUGCUGGUUUGAGGAUGGAUAAAGAAGAUGAAGUUUUUGAGUCUGACAAAGCUCAGAUCAUGCGAGAAAUCAGCGGACUUGAACCACCCCGACAAGCUGGAGAUGUUUAUAAACUUCCGAAAACUCCAAUGUGCUCUGGUGAACUGCCCAAAGUUUCUCCAUUGCCGCCAAAAACAUGCUCCUAUAUAUGACUGAUGAUGAUGAUGAUGAUGAGGUUGCCACCCAUCCUCAAAAUAGCAUUAUUUAUGCCCCAACUGGCCCAACAUAUGUUUCCUAUGAAACAAUAUAUGCUGUAACAACCAUCCUCUGUUUUUUUGGUAAUUGCAUUAACCAUUGUCGUAUUGGAAGGCCGUAUACCUUUAUUUUUAAAGAAGGUGCGUCCUGGAUUUGCUUUGUAAGUUUCACUGUUGUAAUUCUGUAUUUUUUUCAUUUGCCAAGACGGUGGAAUUAAGAUCGUCUUAUUUUUAUGAAUGUUGUUGACCAUUCGGCAUACGGAAAAUGUCAAAAUACACCCUUAAUAUAAGGUGCAGCCAUGCAGGUGCAAAUUUACUCUUGACGUUUUGAAGGG